CGAACAAUGGCAUCAGUCAUCUGUCAGCUUUCCAAUCCGGCAACACAGCAUCUUACCAGCCACAGUGCAGCUUCGUCUAUUCAACUCCAGUAAACCAACCAGCAACCAAAAGUAUAAAAUGGCUUCGUUCAAAGUGCUCGGUAGCUUGAUUGUCGUCCUGCUGGUCGUUCUCGCCCUGAGCGGUCACGCCGAGGCCGGCUACCGGAAACCACCCUUCAACGGUAGCAUCUUCGGCAAGCGCAACGGUAACUCUGUCGACUACGAGGGAAAUGCCAAGGUCCUGUCCACCAUGUGCGAGAUUGCGGCCGAAGCCUGCCAGAGCUGGUUUACGCAAGAGCAGAAGUAAAGCAAAGCAAAGCUCCCACCUUCGCCAGACAGACCGGACAGAGACGACCGCCCGCUCAACGAUUUGAUGUGCUUCUACGACUACUUGCAACAUAAGCUACAGCGAAUUUUGGAUUUGAACACACGUGGUUUGCGUAUGAGGACCAAAAACAAGUUUGAAAACACCCCUAAAAAAAUGAUCAAAAACAGUUUGUGCCACGUGUGCAGAGCAGGGCUGCGAGAAGGCCUUGGUUUCAUGUAAACGUUCUAUUCCGGAAUAAAAUGUUUUGUGCUACCUAAUCCGUAAAACGUGCUUCAGUAAAA